GUAUGAUAAGCUCGGCUCAAGCUACGUAAGACGAGCACAAAAGAACCAUUCCACAUCAAGCCCAUUCAUCCAGCCCUCUCGACAGAGAAGGAUGUCGGAAGUUAAUAGACCCCAAUCCGGGGUCUACCAGUCAUACUCUCCAUUGCCAGAAGGGAAAUGGACUCGCAUUCUCAUCCUAGACCCAGGAGCUAGAGACGAUCCCAUAGAAUGUUCUCUCCACGGUGCCAGAUUUGACACUGAAGCCUACGAUGCGAUAUCAUACGUCUGGGGUAACGCUGCAGAACGCCGCUCUAUUCAGUGUCAAGGUCAUCAAGUCGACAUCACCACUAACCUCUUCGAAGCUCUGCGCCAGAUCAGACACCCCCGUGAGCCAAGACGCAUAUGGGCCGAUGCCCUAUGCAUCAAUCAGUCAGAUCUGGUAGAGAAGAGCUUCCACGUCAACAUGAUGGGCGAUAUAUACGCUCAUGCCCAGCAAGUCGUGGUUUGUCUUGGCGACGACGGCCAGAACGGCGAAGUCGCAAGUGUCGCUUUCAGCGUCAUACAAGAUUACAAUCGCAUUGCCGCCAAGUUCCUAUCCGAUGACGUCCUCAACAGCAGAGAGUGGUGGAAACCAGACGAUGGUUACGGUCCUGUCACUGCUACGCGGCUUCAGAACGUUCUACCAUUAUUCAAGCAUCCCUGGUUUGAGCGGGUUUGGGUUCUUCAGGAGGUUGGGCUUGCGAAGAACGCGGUGCUUGCCUACGGCUCGUCAAUGAUGGACUUUGCUGAAGUCAUGGACUUCGUGCAGGCAUGGGCCCAGACCGGCAACUCUUUUCCAGGUGUCUAUUUCAGGUCAGGCCAUAUCUCGAACCUCUUCACAUACAUUUGGUCCUCAUACGUCAAGGAUGUCGAAGAUGCCUGGUUCAGAUCUUCCCGCAUACUCAAAGUCCUGUUCCAGCAGUCACUGAAACGUUCAAAACUUGAGUUUCUAGAUGUGCUCUUCAGGGCGAGACACAUUCAAAAGGCUACAGACCUCAGGGACUUCGUUUACGCAUUCCUCGGGCACCCUCGUGCAAGGUCGGACGACGGCGAGCUCUUGGUCAAGGCAGACUACUCAAGAAAUCUGUCGCAACUGCGGCUCCAGUUGUUUUCCGGGCUGACUCCCCAUUCAUUGCGAUUUCUUGGCCUGGUAUCUCACCGUCUCCCUGAGGAACUCGCGAGUGGGCCGUCGUGGUGCCCCCAAUUAGACGUCAGUCGAGCUUGGGCUAUCAAUGGCAGAUAUGAGGCCUGCCCGGGGGAGGACCCGACCUCAGAAGGCUGGCUAUCCCCCCGAGUUGAUGGGUCGAGCCUUGAGCUCUGUCUGUAUCUUAUAGAUACUAUCGAUUUCUGCGGAGAGGUCGCCGCAAGGGAGCGAAGUAACAGUAAUCUGGCCACGACCAGUACUGAGGAGUCUGGCCACCGCAUCGCAGAAUCAAUGCUCGUUCAACGCCCUAGUCUUGCAGAAACGUACUGGUCGGUCUUGGAGGAAUCAGAGAAAUGCCAUGGUCUGACUUAUGAAGACAAAGUGCUUGCUUUUGCGAGUACCCUUUUACACACGAAGGAGGAUGAGGAUGCUUUAUCUAUUGCUCACAGCUUUGCACACUUCUGCCAAGAUUACUGUCCGUCCAUACAUUCCUAUCUCCAUGAUCACAACUGGCUGGAGCGAUGGGGCACGGGAGGAUCGCCGAAGCAUUAUAUACCGUUCCGACAGCGAGCGGCAAACAGUAUACAAGGGGAGAGAUUCUUCACCUCAGCCAAAGGCUAUUGUGGGAUGGGAUCGCCCUUGGUACAACCCGGCGAUCUGAUAUGUAUUGUUCCAACAGUCCAAACUCCGUUAGUUAUUAGGCCAAUAGGGAGCAAACAGAUGGCAUUCAAGGUAAUAGGAUCCUGCUAUCUAUAUGGAAUGAUGUAUGGGGAAGUACUGAAGACACCAGCAAUGGGUCACAAAGCACAAAAGACUACAGUAGUGUUUCUUGUUUAGUUAUAUCCGCGGUAUUUCGCUGAGAUCGAGUCCAGCAGCAGCUCGAGUGGGAGUGUUGAGACAGUGCUGCGAAGGUGGUCCGAUCUGCUGGUGGCUGGUAUAUGGAGACUACGUAAAGAGCUGUGCUCCUCUCAAACACAUGUAACUGAGAACUAACAACACCA